AUGAGCGAUAAGGUAGUGAUACACGUGGACGAUGUGGAAGUCAAGCCCAAGUUCGUAUUGUACGGAAUUAGUACGCCCACAAAGCAUAUUUACAAAAGGUAUUCCGAGUUUUGGAAACUGAAGACCCAACUAGAGAAACAAGUUGGAAGCACCAUACCGUAUGAUUUUCCCGAGAAGCCGAGUGGGUUGGACAGGGUAUGGCAAAGGAAUUAUGACGAUCCAGCGAUGAUUGACGAAAGACGCAUUGGGCUGGAGAGAUUUCUCAAUGAGUUGUAUAACGAUCGCUUUGAUUCCCGAUGGAGAAGUACAAAGACUGCGCAAGACUUCUUGCAGUUGUCGAAACCAGAAGUGUCCCAGGAAAAACCGCAGCAACAGCAAGAAGCUGAAGCGGAAGUCGGAUGGGACGAGAUGGUCAGAGAUGUCAAGCUAGAUCUAGAUGAAGAGAGUGAUGGGACGUCCAGCGUACGUGGGGCACUACGAGCACGCACGAAGCUGCACAGGUUGCGAGAGCGGCUGGAGCGGGACGUCCAGAGGAAAUCCUUGCCAAGCACAGAGGUGACUCGCCGGGCCGCAUUACUGAGGUCGUUACUCAAAGAGUGUGAUAACAUUGGUAUGGCAAACGCCACACAGGACCGAGGCAGGCUUCUGGGAACUGCCACAGGAGAACCCACUUCAAACUUGGACGCUCGAGGAAGAACCAACGGCGAUCUGCAACAAGGGCAGAUGCAAAUGGUACGCGAACAAGAGCAGGAAUUAGUCGCACUGCAUCGGAUCAUCCAGGCCCAACGCGGACUGGCUUUGGAGAUGAAUGACGAACUGCAAACGCAGAACGAGCUACUCACGGCACUUGAAGACGACGUAGACAACACAGGCAGGAGGCUACAGAUGGCUAACAAGAAGGCUAGACAGUUCAAUAACAGUGCUUGA